UUCGACUGCUGUGGGUGGGUGACGAAACGACCAAUGCCUCCUUGUGCUUCAUCGAUCGGAGCAACUACUGGGUUGACUUGUAAAGUCGCAACAAAGCAUAUUGAGGGUGCGUCACUCCAAAACACAAUCAUCGGAUAUGCAUUUUUCGUCGCACUCAGUUUGGGUGUUGUGCUCAUUUACUUGGUCGGCGCAAACCUUAACAAGUCUGGAAAGGGAUAUGACAAGUUAUCACAGUAA